UUCCCUGUGUAGGUAUUUGUAUUAAUUGGCAUUUGGUAAAAGUGGGUAGCAUUACAUUGGGAUAUAAUAAACCAGUCUUAGCUCGACGCCCGUGUUUAAUUCACGACUCCCAAACAGCAUACCUUGACAUGGCGCAGCCGGUACCUAAGUGAAAUUAUAUUGAGAUAAAGUGGAUUUCGUUGUUUUGUGCGGCUAAUAAAUGACAAACGGUGAAAGUGAGCAGUUUGCCGAUUCUUAGGGAGGAUAUCGUCGUCAUUUCUUUAACAAUGGAGUCAGUUUUACAACCACCGCUGCCAUUCUCGUUUGAGAAUAAUCUAGUUAAUGUGACAUCCGGAAAUUUAAGUGCUGAGUGGGACAAUUGGAAGAAAUCUUUUAAAAUCUAUUACGAAGCAUGUGAACUUUCGACGAAACCUAAAAAAGUGCAAGUGAAUAUAUUGUUGCAUGUCAUCGGAACCAAAUGUCGUGAAGUGUACGAGCAAUUUACAAACGAGGAGACGGAUACGGUGGAAGACUUGCUAAGAAAGUUUGACGCGUUUUUUGUUCCGGUAAAAAAUUUGGCAGUCGAAAGGCAUAAAUUUUUUAAAAGAGAUCAGAAGGACUUAGAGUCAACCGAACAGUACAUUUUUGAAUUAAAUAAAAUAGCUGCCAAAUGCGAGUUUGGAGAAUUGCGUGAUGGUUUAGUGUGUAGCAGGUUCAUAUGUGGUGUAAAAGAGGUGACCCUUUCGGAACGGAUGUUGAGGGAACCGGACAUUUCAUUAAAGAAAGCAAUCGACAUAUGCAAGUUAGCAGAGAUGUCUAAAAUGCACGCAUUAAAUAUAAAGACAAAUAGUGUCAAACAGCACGUACACGAAGUUUCACAAAACAAUAAUCAAUCCGGAACUACAACCUGUGACGUGCAUGUAGUUAACAGACGUUAUGCCUCAGCCGCUAUAAACCGCCCGCGCCGGCCGUCUCACACACCGAUGCGAUCAAACGCGCCCAGCGGGGCUCGGGAGCAUCAGACAUAUCACACCAGAUCUUCAUUUUAUACCCCUAACCCCAGAGAGAAGACGUUUAAUCUUCAUAACAAUCCAUCACCGCAAGCAACGUCAAGUGAACCGCAGAGAACUUUUAACGGCUGUAGUAAUUGCGGUCAUGCGCACCGAAGGAUGGAAUGCCCCGCGUUCGGAGUACGGUGUAACAAUUGCAAUCGGAUGAAUCACUAUGCGAGAAUGUGUCGAUCGUCGCGUCGCGUGUACGAAAUACAGGAGGACUCCACCGAUCAGGACAGUGCGACCUCCUGAUCGGUGGGGAUACCCCUCCACGUCCACCACCGUCAAUCGUGUCACGUGAGCCAUGACUUUCGUUUUUAUUGUUAGCAUAAGUGUGUUUAGCAUAAAGUGUGCAUGUAAUUAAUAAGAGAUUUAAUGAAACAAUAGUUUAAUUACCUAAAGUAAGUAACUCUAAGUUAAUAUAAAACUUUGUUGAUACCUAUUGUACAAGGAAUUCGAGUACCUAAGCAUCAAAAUGUAUGUAUUGUAAAAAAUAAUUAAAAAAAAAAAAAAAAAAAAAAAAAACUAUGUACAUUCCAUAAGCUCAUUAGUCCUAGGUACCUACAUAGUCAAUUGUGCUUUGACAGUGACUAAAAAUAUUUUGCAAACUUCAAGUAGGUAUGUUCUUAUGUUGACAUAUUUGUCAUAUAAUAUAAAUAUUAAUAAAAUAAGAAUUUAAAAUAUAAACAUGCAUAAAAUUCUAUAUGUAUUUGGUGUUAUAAUUAUAAGUACUGCAUGAGAGUCAUGUUAUUUUUAAUACAUUUGUAAAACUAAAUUUCUAUCAACUUGCUUCAACGUAAGAGAUAUUCAAGUUUAGAUUUAGUAGUAAGCACGAUAUAAUCAAAUUGGCAUGUGAUAAAUUUCCAAUUAAUAAUAUUCAAUUACCUUCUUCUUGCAUCUGUGUAAGAAGAUGGACUUAAUGUUAUUUUAGUUGUAAUUUUCCACACACGUUUACAAUCAAAUUCAUAGUCAUGUUGCUGUUAUGCAAGUGUUUACAAACAAUAACAGUACGUACUACCUACCUAGUAUAUAGUCUAAGGUGUGUGUUUAAUAACCCUUUUUAUCCGUCACUAACCGCUGUGAGAUAACACGCGUAUUAAUGUAAAACAAACUUUCUGGCAUUUAAAUAAAGUUUAUAAUUGCGUUUAUUUCUGUGGGGGAUGGAAAGGUGAUUUAAACAUUCUGAUCACUACAUGGUGUUCUAUUUAAAUUAUUUAAUUCUUCAAAGAAGGAGGUUGUAGGUAUUUGUAUUAAUUGGCAUUUGGUAAAAGUGGGUAGCAUUACAUUGGGAUAUAAUAAACCAGUCUUAGCUCGA